AUGGCGAACACCGCUCUUAACUUCAUUACCUUCAACCAGGACCACAGCUGUCUGGCCGUUGGCACAUCCAAAGGCUUCCGAAUCUACCACACCGACCCCUUCUCCAAAAUCUUCAGCAGCGACGAUGGAAACAUCGCCAUCAUCGAGAUGCUGUUCUCGACCUCUCUAGUUGCCUUGAUUCUCUCGCCGCGACACCUGAUAAUACAAAACACAAAGCGGUCUUCGGUCAUCUGCGAGCUCACCUUUCCAUCUGCUGUGCUUGCCGUACGUUUGAAUCGCAAACGCCUCGCCGUUGUGCUCGAGUCCGAGAUCUACCUUUACGACAUCUCCAACAUGAGCCUUCUCUUCACGAUUCCCACAUCUCCGAACCCGAGUGCCAUCUGCGCUCUCUCGCCCUCCUCAGAGAACUGCUACAUCGCGUAUCCCUUGCCGAAACCUCGUGAGGAGUCGGGCGAUAAACGACCAGCUCAUGCGCCUCCCCUGUCAACAUAUGUUGCACCCACGUCGGGGGAGGUUCUGGUUUUUGACACGCUCACCCUGAAGGCCGUGAACGUCAUCGAGGCGCACCGCUCGCCCCUCUGCUGCAUCUGCCUCAACAGCGAAGGGACGCUUCUGGCGACGGCGAGUGAAACCGGCACCAUCAUCCGCGUCUUCUCGGUCCCCGGAGGCCAGAAGCUGUACCAGUUCCGCCGGGGAACCUACCCGUCCACCAUCUACAGUAUGUCCUUCAACCUCAGCUCUACGCUUCUCUGCGUCUCCUCGACCUCCGACACGGUCCAUAUUUUCCGCCUCGGGGCUCCUCCGCCGGGGAACAACUCGGCCGCAGCCGCCGCCGAGCCGCCGGCAUCACCUCGCCAGGAUCGCUGGUCUAGGUCGCGCAGUUACGACAGUGCCAACGAGUCACCUGUGGGCAGUGCAGCGGGGUCUCCGAGAAGCGAUCUGGCAGAGCCCGCCGGGCUGGGGAACGGCGGCGGCAACGCGCAGCAGGCCAACAGGCGUCAAAGCGGUUCGUUUAGCAGCAUGCUUCGGCGCUCGUCGCAGAUAAUGGGUCGCAGCGUGGCUGGUGUCGUUGGUUCGUACCUGCCACAGACUGUGACCGAGAUGUGGGAGCCCCUGCGGGACUUUGCCUACAUCAAGAUCCCAAAGUCGUCCAACUCGCCGACGGGGCCGGUACGAGGCGGUAAUAACGCAGGCGGGCUGCAACUGCCUAGCGGCCCGUUGCGAAGCGUUGUGGCCAUGAGCAGCAGCAGCCCUCAAGUGAUGGUUGUCACCAGCGACGGCGGCUUUUAUGUGUACAACAUCGACAUGGAGCAUGGCGGGGAAGGUUAUCUGGUGAAGCAGUUCUCAGUAAUUGAUGGUGAUGACAAGCUGGACGCCUCGUCAUACGGAACGUAA